AUGAACCCCCGCAAAGACAAAAGCGGCCAAGGGAAAAAGGCCCAGAAGACUAAUCCCCCGGCCCCGUCAGUCUCGAGCGAAACUGAAUCUGCCUCCGAUUAUGAAAAUGCCCGCGGUUACAGCCAGAACCCCAUACAAGAGUUCGAAGAUUUUGUUCAGUAUCGGGGACGGCGCUCCAGCGACACGGUGUUUCUUGAAUUGGAAGAAAACGGUGAAGACUUGAAACCAGAGUUCACUGCACCACAGCCUGAGCAGAUCCCCACUAUCCAGGCCGACAACUUCGAUAAGCAUCAACACCAGAACUUCCCUGAUGUUAUAACCCAGCAGUCUGCUGCGUUGCAGCCACAGUACAUCAUGCUGCCGCCUCAAACUCAGACUUAUGUGAUCGAACAAAGGCAGCAACCGAGGCUGACGGGCGCAAUACCGAGUCUACCUCGUCCAGGCAGAUUUUAUCGUGAUGAAUCCUUCGGCAACAAGUACCUCGCUAGCGUAGGCCCAUCACAGCGCCACUUACGUUCGUCCUCAUAUUCACCGCUGGGCCAUUUUCUCGACGAUGGAUCCAUGUUCCGCAAUCUUUCGGGUGGCUACAAAUACGCCAACACAAGGCCAAACGCCGACGUGAAUUCUAGCGGACAAUCUGCCAAUGCAGCCACGCGGACCCUUUUCAACCCGGUGGACUCUCCUAUGUUAUACGAAGUGUUUGCGGAUAUCCAUGAAAUUAUGGUGAGGAUUGACACUGAGCUGAAAGCACUGAGGCGGGAGAUGCAAAUUAUGCGAGCUUUUUAA